ACGGCCAUGGCUAUAACAGCGGGAUGGCAGUGUCUCUUCAUCUUUAUCGGCCUCGUCCUCGUGAUCGCGAGCAUGAUGUCCGCGUCGUUCUUUAGCUUCGAGUAUACAAAGCCCUUGGUUGACUAUCCCAGCACUACUUGGGAGUACAAGGAUUGGGCCAUCGUCGGCGACUCCGAUCACUGUGUCGCCGUAGCCAAGAACAUAUUAUUGAAACAAAAAGGCGCCAUCGGCGACGCCGCUGUGGCUGCCCUCGCCUGUAUGGCCGUGUUGCUGCCGCACCGAUGUGGACUUGGCGGUGGAAUGAUGGCCCUAUACUACGACGAGUCGCAACGCACAGUCUCAGCUCUGGAAGCCCUGGGUGCAGAACCUUAUAGAAGCAACGCGUCGUGGUUCGGGGCGAACGCGACGCUGGCAAGCUACGGUCGCUUGGCAACCAUCACGCCUGGCGCCCUAGCAGGCUUGUUUGCGCUACACAAAAGGCUGGGAAGACUGAAGUGGUCCACCGUUUUGAAACCCGCCAUUGACAUAGUCCAGAGAAACAUCCUCGUCGGGCCGCGUGUCGCCGAAGCGAUACGAAGGAACGAACAGCGAAUCGGCUCCCUCUAUAGUCGCAUGUUCUUGAAGGACAAUACCGGGCUGUACAUAAGGGCCAAUCGGCGCCUUUACAAAUUGCUGAUUGACGUGGCUACUGAAGGCUGGAAAUGCUUCUACACGGGGAAGCACGCCAAGCGACUGGAGGACGACAUCACGCGAGACCUGGGCUGGCUGGCAGUUGAUGACUUGGAGCGCUACGAGCCGCACUGGAUAGAGCCGAUAGCGUUGAGCAUGCAUACAGGAAAGACCCUCUAUGCCGUUCCCAUCCCUGGUGGCGGAGCGCUGUUGGGGCCCAUCCUGGACUUAGUCAACGUCACGGACGGGAAAUUGAGGCUUCGAGCUGCCAAGAGCGUCCCGCAUACACAUAUUCCGAAGCUCCACAGGUUGGUGGAGUUGCUGAAGUUCACCUAUGCGCAGAAGGCCAGUCUCGGCGACACGCUGGUAAUCAGAACACGGGCGCAGCACAACUACACCGUGCAAGUGCUGCGCUCCUUCUACGGAGCCUACGACCCGAGGGCUGCUCUCAAGACUUACGCCGAGUACAACGCCACCGCCAGCAUCGACUAUGACGACGGUGGCGGUGCUCAUCUGGCCCUGCGCGAUAAACGAGGCAACGCGCUGUCCAUUGUUAUGAGCCUUAACUGGGAGUUUGGCUGCUUGUAUAUGUCGUCGUGCGGCUUCUUGAUGAACAACUUCAUGGAUUCGUUCUCGAUACCCGGGGGUAGAAAUGGCCUGCCAAUGUCUGAGAACAACGCGAACGGUAUGGUGAAACGACCCGUCACUACUAUGACACCCGUCAUAAUAACAGACGCGAAAGACGGAGCACUGUUCGCCGCACUUGGCGCCACAGGCGGCCUCCAAGGGAUCUCGGCCAUGGGACAGUUCUUGGAAUGCAUCGGCACAUUCGCUGUACUGGACUGUGCCCACAACAGCGUGCGAGUGCAUCCGUACCCUGACAAAAAUACCUUCUCGCUCACGGUGGGCCCGAAACUCGGAGGCUUUGAUCCGGAGAAGGAGCUGAAAAACUUUGGCCACAACAUCGUCAACAAGCCCUUAACUGCGACGCUGAACGGCAUCGUAUUAACCGACCGAAACACUUGGAUUGCCGCGGGCGACGUGAAUUACACGGAUGGCGGAACGCGCGGUGAACAGUACGUUCACCCUAUUCUGAAAAACGUAGCACAUUGACGGUGACGCGGAAGACAGCGUGCGUAUAGCCACGCAUGUUUUGAUGACGUAAUGAAGACUAUAUUGCUGCCCG